AUGAAAUUUCCAAUAGAACACCCGACAAAACAAGUUAACUGGGACCCUGAGCAAGUGGCGGUCCAGACCCACUUGGUCACUCCCAAGAAGAUGAAGGCUGGCAUGGUGAAGUCAAGCCUGGUCCACGCCAGUGUGGCCACCAUGCAGAACCCCAUGAGCUACGACCCAAGAGCCAACGGCCACUGCGCACUUCCUCGCCUCUCCAUCUCGUCCCGCUCCGCCAGCAUGGUGGCAAGUUUGGACGCCAACAACGACGGCUCGAUUGCGGCGCUCCAAUCAGUGAUGAAGUGGAAGACGGUGCUGGCGGUGUUCAUUGUGGUGGUUCUGUACCUGGUCGGUGGAGCUCUGGCCUUCAAGGCUCUUGAACAACCUUUUGAGAGUGACCAGAAGACUAGCAUCACCCAGGAGAAGGCAUCGUUCCUGCAGAAACACCCGUGUGUCACUCCUGACCAGCUGGAUGACAUCAUCAAGCAUGCCAUAAAAGCUGUGAGCAGAGGAGUGAGGCCUGUUGGGGAGACAAACUCCAGUUACUGGGACAUGGGCAGUUCCUUCUUCUUUGCUGGAACUGUCAUCACAACCAUAGGUUAUGGAAACAUAGCUCCAAGCACAGAAGGCGGGAAAAUCUUUUGCAUUCUUUAUGCCAUAUUUGGCAUUCCUCUCUUUGGCUUUUUGUUGGCGGGCAUUGGAGACCAGCUGGGGACCAUCUUUGUGAAAAGCAUCUUACGAGUUGAGAAGAUAUUCAGGCAAAAACACAAACAAAUCAGCCAGACAAAAAUAAGGGUGACAUCCGUCAUCCUGUUCAUCCUGGCUGGCUGCAUCGUUUUCGUCACCAUCCCUGCUGUUAUCUUCAAAUACAUAGAAAGCUGGACCACACUGGAUGCAAUCUACUUUGUUGUGAUCACACUCACUACGGUGGGGAUAGGAGAUUAUGUGGCAGGUGACAAUCGGACCAUUGAGUAUAUGAGCUGGUACAAGCCCAUGGUAUGGUUCUGGAUCCUGGUAGGGUUAGCAUACUUUGCCGCUGUCCUCAGCAUGAUUGGAGACUGGCUUCGAGUGCUCUCAAAAAAGACCAAAGAAGAGGUUGGUGAGUUUAAAGCUCAUGCAGCUGAGUGGAAGGCAAAUGUACGAGCAGAGUUCCGUGAAACACGAAGACGUUUGAGUGUGGAGAUUCACGACAAGCUCCAGCGGGCCGCCACCAUCCGCAGCAUGGAACGACGUCAGCUGGGCAUCGAGCAACGAGCCCACUCACUUGACAUGCUGUCACCAGAGAAACGAGCCAUGUUUGCUAGCCUGGAUGCUGGCCGAUUCAAGACUUCUUCCCAAGAAAGUAUUGACACCAAGCUCAAUAACUUGAGGCUGAAAGGAGCUUGUGAGUCAUAUGACCAACAGGGCAGUGAACAACAACCACAAACAGCAUCUUCCUCAGAGGAAAAUCUCUUCAACUUACGCUUUGGAUCUCUUACCAAGCUGGCCAGACGCAAUAAGAACCGUGACCUGCGCAGGAACAUUCCUGAAGAUGCUCGACAUUCAAGUGUGGGUAUCAGCAAUGGCAGUUCCCUACUGGGUGCAGAGAGGACGGAGGAAGAGGAUGGGGAACCAGGGGAGGACAACAAAGAACAGAAAGAGGAAAACAUCAGUCUGACAGAUCUGUCACAGUAUGCAGUGGAGCGCAGCAAAUUGAAUGGGUUCAUACCAACACAGGCCAAGGACAAAGAUAACAUUUAG